ACCCUCCCGUUUCUCCUUAUUAGGGUUCGCUAGAGCUUCUUCGUCAUAUCACUGCUGAUAUAAUCGGUGACGGCGCGAAUUCCCCUCUCCCCUCUAGCUUCGAGUGAGCAAAUCACCCGCUCUUAUUCACGCUAUGGCAGCUGCAGUAGUGUCCACUCAGGAGCCUAUCCAGCCCCACCAUGAAGUGAAGCUCUUCAACCGCUGGUCCUUCGACGAUGUGCAGGUCACUGACAUUUCCCUCAGUGACUACAUUGGAGUUCAGCCAGCAAAACAUGCAACUUAUGUGCCACACACUGCUGGGAGGUACUCUGUUAAGAGAUUCAGGAAAGCCCAGUGCCCAAUUGUUGAAAGGCUUACAAACUCCCUGAUGAUGCAUGGCCGAAAUAAUGGAAAGAAACUGAUGGCAGUGAGAAUAGUGAAACAUGCUAUGGAGAUUAUCCACCUUCUGACUGACCAGAACCCAAUUCAGGUCAUAGUUGAUGCUAUCAUCAACAGCGGGCCUCGUGAAGAUGCUACUAGGAUUGGUUCUGCUGGUGUUGUCAGGCGUCAGGCUGUCGAUAUUUCUCCCUUAAGACGUGUUAACCAGGCUAUUUAUCUGCUUACCACCGGUGCUCGUGAGGCUGCUUUCAGAAACAUCAAAACAAUAGCUGAAUGUUUGGCUGAUGAGCUUAUCAAUGCUGCCAAGGGUUCAUCCAACAGUUACGCAAUCAAGAAAAAGGACGAAAUCGAAAGAGUUGCUAAGGCCAAUCGUUGAGGAACUAGAGUCUUCACUGGUUUUGAUGAUUGUCUCAUGAGCUUUUAUCUUAUGUUUCUUGGUGGACAGAUUUGAAUGUUUUGUGAUUUUGUCAUGUUCUUGAGUAUCUUAGUAUAUUUACAUUCUAUCUUUUAGAAAAUUUUUUGGUAAGUACCCUUUUGAGGAACUUAAUUUCAAAAGUGCACAUUGAUUAUGUGUUUUUCUCUCAAA